GCGGCGGUCGCGGCCGGAGGGGAACGUGCCAGGCGCCGAGGCCGCCAUCGCGGGCGGCGAGCUGAGCCGGCGUGCGGUACCGACCCGCCGACGGGGACUGAGGUGCUGACGGCGCGCCUGGACGACCGGCUGACGGGCAGUGACCGGGACCGACGCGCAGACCUAGUGUGGAACGAGGUUGCACGUGGGACCGACUGGCCGGCUGCGUGGGUGUCCCCGACAGGGUGUGCUCCUGCGUCGGCCGCGUGCGGGUGUGCGCUUCCGACCGACAGCGUGGCAGUGGGUGGCCGUCGGACGCGGGGUGCGGCUGACGACCGCGGGGGUCCGAGCCUUCGCGCGGGGUGUCGUGUGAUGUUGUGAGGAGAGCGCGGGGGUGCUUUCGGCCGCGUGACUUGAGGCGGGACCCAGACCGGCUGAGGCGGGGACUCGGUGGCUCGGGGACUCCGAGUGGCUGUAGGGGAAUUCCGCCAUGAGGGACCCAGAAAUGUGGGCCUGGGGGGCUGACGCUGUGCCUGAGGCGGGGUGUGCGCCUGUCACUGCGCGAUUGGCCAAGAUUCUGUCGGGGUGCUGAGAUGAGGGUGAUGUGCAGCUUGCCGAGGAUGUGACCGACCGAGAGUUUUGCUUCCCCGUGUCCGCAGCCGGAGUUGACCGCGGGCCCCCGCCGGUUUGGUGGCCAUGACCCCAGCGGCGGCUGGGGGCCUGAGUCCGGCAGGACGCCGGGUGGCGUCAGGCUGGUCGUUCACCCCGCGUCCGCUGUGGGCCAGGCUGGUACUGGGCGUUUGUCACGGAUCGCCUCGGGUUACCUCACAGCAGCCCUCUGAGGUUUAUGUGGAUUUUUACAUUUAUAUGGAAUAUUGACCAAAAUUAACCAUAUGCUGGGUCACAAACCAAGUUUCGGCAUAUUUCAAAGGAUUGAAGUUGACUAAAGCACAUUUUCUCAGCACAACAGACUUACUCUAGAAAUCAAUAAUAAAAAGACAAACCCACUUCCAACGCUCCAGACAUCCCGUGCCUCAGUGGAGUGCUGCUGCUUGAUGGCCAUCCCCAAGAGCUCUCUGAGCCCCGUGCCCUGGGAACAGGAUGGCUUCCUGUGCGUGAAAGUGGAAGAUGAGGAGGCCAGCCUCUCUGAGGUCCAGGAAUCUAGCCCUGGCCACACUGCCCACCCUGAGGUCGCACGUCUUCGCUUCCGGCACUUCUGCUACAAGGAGGCAGCCAACCCACAUGAGGCCCUGGCCCAGCUCCGUGAGCUGUGCCGCCAGUGGCUGCAGCCUGAAGCACAUUCCAAGGAGCAGAUGCUGGAGCUGCUGGUCCUGGAGCAGUUCUUGGGGGCACUGCCCCCCAAGAUCCAGUCCUGGGUGGGUGCUCAGUUCCCCCAGAAUGGUGAGGAGGCUGCCAUGCUGGUAGAAGGUCUGACUCGGUCACCGGACAAGAGAGGAGAGGAACCAGGAGCUGAGCUCUCAGAGGCAAGCUGCAAGCAGAGUGACUUGGAAGCGUCUGCGCCACUGGAUGGGGGCACUGAAACCCUCGUGGGAGGGAAUUCCCUGGCACCUGCCUUUGGCGAUGCUUGUGAACCUGAGGGCAGCUCAGAGAGGCAGGCAGCACUCUCAGGGGAAGUCUGGACAAAGUUUGUCCCCCAGGACAGGAUGGAUUUCAGGAAAACUUCAGAGCCUCACAAGGGUGUUCUCACAGACCAGACAGGCUGUGAAGCUGAUGCCUUGGGGAAUAGUCCCAACGUGUGGCCAAAUUUCAUCUCUCAAGAGAAGACACCAGAAGAGAAAUUUGAUCCUUUAGAUGGUUAUGGGACAAAGCCUCCAUGCCUAUACUCAGGGAGGAAGUCUUCCAAGUGUGGUGAAUGUGGGAAAACAUUCCAGAGUCCCUCCGCCCUCGAAGCACACCAGAAGAGCCACUCUCGGAAGACCCCCUACACCUGUAGUGAGUGUGGGAAAGCCUUCAGCCGGAGCACUCACUUGGCCCAGCAUCAAGUCAUCCAUACGGGAGCAAAGCCCCAUGAGUGUAAAGAGUGCGGGAAGGCCUUCAGCCGGGUCACCCACCUGACUCAGCACCAGAGGAUUCACACUGGAGAAAAACCCUACAAGUGCAGGGAAUGUGGCAAAACCUUCAGCCGCAGCACCCAUCUCACCCAGCACCAGCGGGUGCACACAGGGGAGAGGCCCUAUGAGUGUGACAAGUGUGGAAAGGCCUUCAGCCAGAGCACCCACCUGACUCAGCACCAGCGCAUCCACACUGGGGAGAAGCCCUAUAAGUGUGACGCUUGUGGGAGAGCCUUCAGUGACUGUUCAGCUCUGAUCCGCCACCUAAGAAUCCACUCCGGAGAGAAGCCGUAUCAGUGCAAGGUUUGUCCAAAGGCCUUUGCACAGAGCUCCUCUCUCAUUGAGCACCAGAGGAUCCACACAGGAGAGAAGCCAUACAAGUGCAGUGACUGUGGGAAGGCCUUUAGCCGCAGUUCAGCCCUCAUGGUCCACCUGAGGAUUCAUAUCACAGUACUGAAGUAACCCAGGAAAGCCCUCGGGACACAGCAUAUCCUCCCCUCAGAGGCUCGACAUCUAAGAGAAACCCUGAGUUCCAAAAGGACAAAGAAUGGGGUGGGUGAUUGAUAGUACCCCAAAGUGAUAAGGUACUAAAGGGCAGACUCUGGGGCUAUCUGGGAACAACUCUGCAUUUGGAGACACAGAUGGAGGUGCCUAAUAAACACAAAGCUAUUCAAGCCAGCUAGAGAAGCUUCUAGAAGGAUCCUGCUGCCUUCCAUACCCCACUCAGGCCCAUCUCAGAGAAAGGACAGCUGAGCUGAGGAUUUGGAUUUGUCUCCAGACCCAGGGCAAGUGAAGCUUCUUUCAGGACUCUGUGGUCCCAAGAUGCUCUGGGCAGGAGGGCUCCAGUUUCAUAUGCCCAUGUAGCUGCUCUUUUUGCCUUUUCCUCCCCUGCUUAGCCCAGGAGGGUUGCCGGCCCAUACCCACCUCCGUGCCUUCACAUGUAUUGUUUCACUCCAUCUAUUCAUGUGUCACUCCAAGGCCAACCUGUGAGGCUGCCUCUUCUGUGAAGCCUUCUCCAGGCCGUCUGUCUGUUUCACAAUCUCCCUUAAUCGAAAGUACAGCCUGAUGCUUGCCCAGCAUCUGUUUCUCCCCGCCCUCUCCUUCCACAUCCCAUCAGUCAUCAGCCCUGUUGGUUUUACUGAAAAAUCACCUCUAAUCAUCUUCUCUUCCCUCAUCACCUUCUGUGAGCCCUCAUCACCUCUCCUCUGGAUUCCAUCUGGGGUCUCUUGCCUUCAUUUUCUCCCCCCACCUCUGGCACUGUUCCAUUCUCCACACCAACCUCCAGGGAGCUCUUUCUACAACCCACACCUGAUUGUGUCAUUGCAUGGUGGAAAGCUCUCCAGUGCACCUUCUUCUAUGGCAGACCUUCCUGAAUGGGUUACAAGUAUGCCAGGACAUGAGUCCUUUUGAGCCCCAAACAAGCUCUCUGGGUACCCUCGUAUGUGCCUGUGAAUUUUGUCAUUUUUGUGUGUGUGCAGUUAUGUGAAAAUGGUUUCAGACUACUGCCCCAUGGGAUAAAUGGCAAACUCCUUCACCUGCCGUUUAAGAUCAUUUGUGACCUGGCCCCAGCCUCGUCUCCUACCGUAGUACCCCCACCUUCCACACACCAGCCAUGUGGAACUACUUGUGGCUCCUGAAGAAGCCAUAUUUUCCCCACCUACGUGCCUCUGAAGCUGUGCCUGGAAACCUCAUUUCUGUCCUCCCAGGUGUUUCACAUAUCCUUCCCUAAGAAAGCCUCCCCUGUCUCCUUGAGCCAACUUCAGCUUGCCUUCUCUGCUUCCAGAACACCUCCUUAACUUCUCUUUAAUUUCUUGCCUUGUUGUAUUUACUCCUUAAAGAGCUUGCAGUCUGUUUCCCAAAGAGAAUGAGAGUUUCCAAGAGCAGGGGCUCGGUCUUAUCUCAGUAUCCAUAGCACAGGACUCAGUAGGCUCUGACUGAGUAGGUCUGUUAAAUGAAUGUACUGUGACCAGUGCCUUCCAAGAGGCGGUCAUCAUGCUGCACCCUGCAUCAAUCUGAUGUGUCUACAUUGCUGUCCUCCAACAGCCCUGGGCCCUGCAGGGCAAGAAAAAUCUGAGUUUCCUAGAGUCCCUACACUCAGACAAGCAUGGCAUACAGUGAUCACAAUAAAAUGUUACCAUAUUGA